GCAACAUCCUCGCAACCCGUGGCAAUUGCCCAUUUUCCAGUUUGUGCCUUCCGUCGCGCAUACGGACAAUUUUUCAUACGUCUUUUCCUUGCUUGAAGAACAUUUCGUCACGGCUUCCUCAGCCUGACAACCUAAACAUUGAAAGCUGCUCGAUUUAGUAUCGUCGUCGGCAAUCCUCAAAGUGUCAUCAAAUAUUACACAGAUACAUGUCGCUGCCACAAAGAUUUCCAAGGCUGGCCCAGCUACCGAAUCGCAAAAUAUGAUUUCGUAAAUUGAUCGGUUUGAUGCCUGACCAUCACCCUUUGCGUCAAGGGCGACUAGCAUGUCAAGGCCAACUACUCUUGAUCGUGCAAAGAGCCCGUGAACCUGAAGAUGGGUAUCAACUCAGCUAGGCGGGAAUCCUUCCGUCAGGCCGCAGUCUUGAAAGACCUGGGCAUAUCGUCUACCACAGACGAAGUUGGCAUUGAGCGGUUGACGCUCGACCUCGACACGAAUGCCAGCAACGGAGCGAUAUCUACCCGGGCAGAAUUUGACACAUCAAGUGGUCGUUGGAGAAUCAUUCCACGAAAUGUGGCCAAACCCGGUGAGAACAAACCUUCUGACAGCAUACUUGCUGAACUUCCAGCCUCGAUAAAUCCGGCAGGCUGCUGGAUCGACCAUCUCCCAAGAAAUGAAAACUCGAAAUGGUUCCUGAACGGAGUCGACUGGUCUGCUACCGACUAUGGUCCCCUCGAAUAUUGGCCUAUGUCGCUUUGCACUCUCGUGGGCCUUGCAAUGACAGACACUGCUGCGGUAGCCAUCUAUUGGGGUCGUUCACUUUUGAGUUGCUUCAAUCUCCAAGCUCACAAGGACUUCAACAAGAGAUUUAGCUACGGCUCCGAGAUCCAGGGAAGGCCUUUCAAAGAGAUUUGGAAGGGACAGUGGUCGGACAUGGAGGGAAUUUUCAACGCAAUGCAAGCUGAAGAUCGGCCUCUCGACGUCAAAAAUAUGGCCAUCUUCCCACAACAGCCCGAUGGCCGUCGCGAAGAGACUUUCUGGCGAGGUUCCUUCCUACCAAUUCGAGGAGGGAACGGCUACGUCGCAGGCUGGUACAACAGGGCAUCCGAGGUUACGAACGAGAUAGUGAGCGAAAGAAGAGCCAAGACUCUUUAUGCGAUUUCAUCGCAGCCAGCUGACCUAGAUACCACGAUUUGGUCCCAUGUUUUCCAAGCUCUACGAGAUAACGGGCCAGAUUUUCCCAUGGCCUUUGCAUACUCGGCAGAUGACGGCGCUACAUCAUGCCGACUGACACUACAACAGACUUUAGGCCUGCCUCCAGGUGGUCAUCAUCUUGUGCCGGAAACACUGGACGUGUACGAGGCACCUACAGGAUUACUGUUUUACUAUCGAAGGGUCAGAUCAACCCACAAACCCCUUAUACUUCACAAGGCUGAUGGGACUCUCCCAGAGGAACUGCUCGGUGGGUUUGACUGGCAGGGCUACCAUGAAAGCCCUGUCAGCGUGGCUCUUCUGCCGAUCUCCGUCAGUAGCCGACUACUCGGUGUGAUAGUACUUGGCCUUAACCCCAGACGGCGCUACCGACAAGAAGAUGACGCUUUCAUCAACGCUCUGUGUCGACAGGCUUCAGCAGCAAUUGCGUCCGCCGUUGACCGUGAAGAAGCUCAAAGGCAAGCCGAGAUAAUGACAUUGCAGCUGGAAGAAAAUGAAAGACAAAUCAGAGAAAUUGCGGAGCACGGACCCGUAGGAAUGGUCCGCGUGACACCCUCUGGCAACAUCAUCUGGGCGAAUACGCAGUACUACGGUAUUUCUGGUCAUCCUUCUGGAGAUCGAUAUACCUUCUCUUUCAUGGAUGUUGUGCAUGAGGAGGAUCGAGUUUUCGCAAGGGGCUUCUGGUCCCUGUUGGUUGAUGAGCACAAACCAGUGUCCCAAGAGUUUCGACUACAACAGAAAUGGACACCUCCACCCACUCCUGGGGAUCCCAACCCCAAAGAGGAACAUUGCUGGAUUAUCGCAAACGCCUUUCCAGUCUUUGCGAAUGGAGCCUUAUCUAAUAUUGUGUGCUGUAUCACAGACAUCAGUCGCAUCAAAUGGACCGAAGAGAUCCAAAGCCGCUUGGCAGUCGAAGCCACCGAGGCUCGAAAGCUUCAGGAAGCCUUCAUCGACGUCGUCUCGCACGAGAUGAGAAAUCCUCUGUCCGCCAUUACGCAACUCGCGGAUGGUAUUGCCGCUUGUCUAGAAGACUGGAGCUCAAUGGACGACCAUUCACUGGAGUCGGCAAUUCAGCUACUCAAAGAAAACGUGGAAAACGGAAAAACGAUCCUACUUUGUGCCUCGCACCAAAAGCGAGUCAUUGACGACGUACUGACCUUGUCAAAACUUGAUUCUCAACUUCUUUCGAUUUCCCCAGACGUGGUUCAGCCUUACGCCGUCGUGGAGUCCGCGCUAAACAUGUUUAAAGCCGAGUUCGACACAAAUUCCAUCAUUGUCGAGAAUGGCGCAGACGAUUCUUAUGCUCGUCUCAACCUGGACUGGGUUUGUUUGGAUCCUGCCAGGUUGACACAGAUUUUCAUCAAUCUCCUUACCAAUGCGAUCAAAUUCACCAAGUUGGAACCGGAGCGGAAGAUCAAGGUCCACCGACGUGCAUUUAUCAGCCUUCCACCUCCGCUCGAGGACAUCAUUUGGUUUCCGACCAAGAAAGACAGACGCGACGCAACCACUGGGUCUGAAUGGGGUACAGGAGACCCAGUUUAUUUGCUGUUCACUGUUACAGAUACAGGAAAGGGGUUAGAGCUAGAGGAAAUGACACGACUCUUCAACAGAUUCCAGCAAGCCACGAAAAAAACACAUAUCAAGUACGGUGGAUCUGGGCUUGGACUCUUCAUAUCUCGCGAAUUGACAGAAAACAUGGGUGGGCAGAUCGGCGUAAAGUCCGCCCCCGGAAAGGGAACUACGUUCGCCUUUUACAUUCGGGCUCGUAAAGCCGUCGCACCGAAAGAUCAGACACAAACUAUUCAGCCGUCCGAGCUACCUGCAAGGAUACCCAGUCCAGUCGGCUCUCAUGAGAUGACUCAAAUUACGCGGCUACCCAGCAAAGAGCACGCGAUAAACACGACUCCUGCUCGCGUCCUGCUCGUGGAAGAUAACAUCAUUAAUGCGCAAGUGCUGAUGAAGCAGCUGAAACGCGCAGGCUGCACAGUAUAUAUCGCGAAUCACGGCCAAGAGGCGCUAGAUUUCCUCCCUCGCACAAGAGCGUGGCACGACUAUGAGCCGUUGCAAGUGAUGGAUUCGCCGUCUGCGAGCUUGGACGUCGAUAUUGACUGCAUCUUGAUGGAUGUGGAAAUGCCGGUCCUUGAUGGCUUGAGCUGCACACGCCAGAUCCGCGUUCUUCAAGAAGAGGGCUUGUUGAAGAAGCAUAUCCACAUCAUUGCCAUCACAGCCAACGCACGGUCUGAGCAGAUUGCUUCAGCCCUCGAAGUUGGGGUCGACGCUGUGCUACCUAAGCCGUUUCGUGCCGUGGAUGUGCUGAGGAAAAUGGACGAGGUCAUGAACACAGAUGCGGGAAAUGCUGUUGGAUGAUACGAACCAUCUCCUCGCGACGGGCGGUUACGGGCUACGGACAUCGCUUUGGAAUCUCUUUGGCACGGCACCAACCGGGUGGUACUCAGCACCUUUGUAGUGAGUGGCAACGCUGCUCUCGAUGCUCGUUGAGUUCCGCAUGGUUACACACAGGCUCGGCCUUUGGAUUCAUUGAUGGUGUCUUCGCGAUGGAUAUUGGUCUCCUUUGAAAGCUUCGAUGAACAUGGGGAGGGCGUUAGGACAUAUGAAAACAAAACAAGCGGCCGAUGUCCGUGGGUGACGGACUCGCAAAUGCCAGACUUUACAACGUUCUUGCCUUUCUCCUGAUAUCAGAUGGAGAUGGAAAACCCGUCGUCACUGUAAAAUCUUAGGACCUGAAAAAAAGGAGACUGGACUGCUAGACAUAAAUGGGGAUGUGAGGAAGUCCUGAAUAGAGAGUAGAGCCAGCUAUUCUUCAGGAUAUUGCUUACAAUCACG